GUAAACAAUAACUCGUCUUUCGAGCGGACAGGAUCGGAACCUUCGAAUUUCGUUGCUGAACCCCCGUUUUUUGUGGACUUUGCUCGUCGAGCUCCAGAGACACAGGCAUCACGAUGCAGCGUACAGACCUCCAACAGCAAAAACGAGCUAGUGAGUUCUCGGAAUCAUUGGCCCAAUCGUCGAAAAAGCAACGUUUCCCGAGCGAAGAUGGUGACGAGGAAGAGGAAGCCCCCGAAUCGCUGAAGCCGAAAAUGAACUCACUUGACAGUGAUGAAGAUGACGAGCUGGAACAAGAGAAAGAGACGUAUAAUGUGGCCUCAUUGGAGAACAAAAUGUUCGACGGGCAGGAGAAAGCCACGGUUGAUUUCGACGGUGACAUCAAAAUCACAGCUUUCAACAUGGAAGAAGAGAUGCAAGACGGUCACUUCGACAAAGAGGGCACCUUCAUUUUCAAGAAGAACGCGCAAAUGGUCAAAGACAGCUGGCUGGACAACAUAGAUUGGGUGAAGAUCAAGGAGAACGAGCAGGGGCAGACUGAAGGAACGGAGGGAGGUCUCGCUGAGUCGUCUGAUUCCGAGGAUGGGGAGAAGCUCGACAUCAAGGACCGAUACUCUAAAAUGCUGGAGAUGAUGAAGCCCGGGGAAAGUGUUCUCAAAUGCAUAAAAAGGCUGGGAGGAGGCAACUCCGGUCGGAACAAGAGAGACAAGAAAAAACUCGACGCGGAUCAACAAGCCGUUCUGGACAAGAUGAGCGGUUAUGCGGACGAAAUCCUUUCCUCCGGAGAUAUGGACAUCUACCAACGGACCUAUGAGCAGAUGCAAUUCGCACUGGCGCCUAAAAAAGCAAGCUCGUUUCUUUUUCAGGCUUCAGAUAUGGACAUGUUCGCGGACGAAGAAACACCCGCCAGCACGAGCGGGGACGGACCCUCGACGUCGGGCGGGAGUAGAGCCCGAGAAGAGAUUGACAGCACGGUUUCGUGGGAAUUCAAGUGGGAAGACAAGGACGACGCCAAGAUAUACGGACCUUAUUCCUCCGCAGACAUGCUGGAAUGGACGCAGAAUGGCUACUUCGGAAACGGUGUAUUGGUGCGAAAACGUUCCGAACCCAAGUUUUACUCAUCAAAGCGGAUUGAUUUCGAUCUCUAUAUAUGA